AGUGCCCUCUAGUGUAAUAACCUGAUUAUGAAAAAUACAUCUGAUCCCUGCAGCUGAGAUCGCAAUUUGCGCUGUUCGUCUUGGUUCGGCUACUUUCCUUUCUGGCAAUCCGAGCUCAUCAGUCCGGCAACAAGCUCAUGGAGCAGAGGUGGCAGCACACAGCUGGGAUAUCUGUGUCCCAUCCUAACAAAAAGGACCGUGAUGAGUGCCAGUUCCUGACUGGACAUGUGGAGUGUUAGGUAAGAUCCAACUGAGGAGACACUUCUUCAGACACUGCCCUGCCUUAGACAAACAGGAUUUGAACCCUGGGGUCACGGACUCUCCGUAGCCAGAGGAGACAAUUCUUUAGUGUUAUUAUCGGAAAUGGCUAAUAAUAGAUGACAAGAAAGCCAGAGCAUUCUUUUGGCGGAGUCUUCUUGUGUAGCAGCCACAGCCGGAGAAGACAGCCGUCCUCGACUUUGGUGAAUCAUGAUUCCCAUAACUGAGCUGCGCUACUUUGUGGAUACGCAACCUACGUAUCGCAUCCUAAAGCCAUGGUGGGACGUGUUCACAGACUAUUUAUCAGUUGUAAUGCUGAUGAUCGCAGUAUUUGGGGGCACGCUUCAGGUCACGCAGGACAAGAUGAUCUGCCUACCCUGCAAGUGGGUAGUUAACAAGACCUGUAGAAAGUAUUUCAAUGCAACAUUUUCUGUGCCCUUGACCCUUGAGCCUCAAGGAAUCCAGUAUGACCUCGAUCGCCACCAGUACAACUAUGUCGAUGCUGUGUGCUAUGAAAACAAGCUUCACUGGUUCGCUAAGUAUUUCCCAUAUUUGGUGCUGCUGCAUACGCUCAUCUUUCUGGCUUGCAGCAACUUCUGGUUCAAGUUUCCUUGGACGAGCUCUAAACUGGAACAUUUUGUGUCUAUCCUACUGAAGUGUUUUGACUCGCCUUGGACCACAAGAGCUCUGUCUGAAACCGUCGUGGAGGAAAGCGACCCCAAAGCUCUGGUGAAAAUGAACGGUUCCUUCGAUAAGAAGGCUUCGUAUGUGAGCGAAGACGUCGAGGCGAGUGUUCCCAUGCUGUCGACGACCAGAUCUCGUAUUGAACAAGGAAUCGUGGACCACUCUGAGACUGGUGUCCUGGACAAAAAGGAAGGUGAACAAGCGAAGGCAUUGUUUGAGAAGGUGAAGAAGUUUCGAACGCAUGUGGAAGAAGGCGAUAUAGUCUACCGACUAUACAUCCGACAGACUAUCAUCAAAGUUGUUAAGUUUAUUCUUAUUAUUUGCUAUACCGGCUACUAUGUGCACAAUAUUCAGUUCAGCGUCGACUGCAAUGUGGACAUCGAGAGUCUCACCGGUUAUCGCAUGUACAACUGUGCACAUCCCCUGGCCACUCUCUUCAAGAUCUUAGCCUGCUUCUACAUUAGUCUAGUUAUCGUGUACGGGAUGAUAUGUGUGUACACCCUCAGCUGGAUGCUACGGCGCUCUCUCAAGAAGUACUCUUUUGAGUCCAUCCGAGAGGAGAGCAGCUACAGCGACAUCCCAGACGUGAAAAACGACUUCGCCUUCAUGCUGCAUAUGAUUGACCAGUACGACCCCCUCUACUCCAAACGGUUUGCGGUCUUCCUCUCGGAGGUGAGCGAAAACAAACUCCGCCAGCUGAACCUCAACAAUGAAUGGACUUUGGAAAAGCUUCGGCAGAGGAUCACGAAGAACUCCCAAGAGAAGCUGGAGCUCCAUCUGUUCAUGCUCAGUGGGAUUCCAGACACGGUCUUUGACUUGUUGGAGUUGGAGGUUCUGAAGCUUGAGCUCAUCCCUGAUGUCACCAUCCCACCGAUCAUUGCCCAGCUUACAAACCUCCGAGAGAUGUGGCUGUACCACACACCAGCCAGAAUAGAGGCUCCAGCUCUUGCGUUUCUGAGAGAGCACCUGAAAUCGUUGCACAUCAAGUUCACCGACAUAAAGGAGAUCCCCCUGUGGAUCUACAGCUUGAAGAACCUAAGCGAGUUGCACCUUACUGGGAACCUCAGUGCUGACAACAAUCGCUACAUCGUCAUCGACGGUUUACGAGAGUUAAAGCGACUGAAGGUUCUGAGACUGAAAAGUAACCUUACAAAGCUGCCUCAGGUGGUCACGGAUGUUGGAAUGCAUCUCCAGAAGCUGUCCAUCAACAACGAAGGCACCAAGUUGAUGGUGCUCAACAGCUUAAAGAAGAUGGUGAACCUGUCCGAGCUGGAGCUUGUCCGCUGUGAUCUGGAGCGCAUACCUCAUUCCAUCUUCAGCCUGCACAAUUUACAGGAGAUCGAUCUUAAGGAUAACAACCUGAAAACCAUCGAGGAGAUCAUUAGUUUUCAGCACCUUCAUCGACUUGUUUGUCUAAAGAUGUGGUAUAAUCAGAUUGCAUACAUACCUAUUCAGAUAGGUACUUUGGUCAACCUGGAGCGCCUCUAUUUGAACCGCAAUAAGAUUGAGAAGAUACCAUAUCAGCUCUUCUUCUGCCGGAAGCUGAGGUUUCUUGAUCUGAGCCAUAACAAUCUGACUGACAUCCCGCCAGAAAUAGGAACUCUACAGAACCUUCAGUACCUUGCUGUUACUGCCAAUAGGAUUGAGGCUCUCCCCCCUGAAUUGUUUCAGUGUAAGAAACUAAGAACACUGAACCUCGGAAACAACUGCCUGCAGUCCCUACCCUCACGGUUCGGGGAGCUCACCAGUCUGACACAGCUGGAGCUGAGGGGCAACAGGCUGGAGUGCCUUCCUGUAGAACUUGGGGAGUGCAGAUUGCUGAAGAGGAGUGGCCUAAUUGUGGAGGACAGUAUUUUUAACACUUUACCUUCAGAGGUCAAAGCGCAGCUGUGGAGAACUGACAAAGAGGCUUCUUGAAGCAGAUGCUUGAACCUGAGAGCAUUUGCCUUUGAUGUGAGGAAAGGAAUCCAAUCCAAAAUGAUAUGUUUGUUAAAUAUUUCAGGGUUCAUUAGAAUGGUUCCUGAAAGACAUAAGGGUUAUUUCACAUUAUGGCAUGUGAUGUUUUAUUAUAACCGACAGGCAUGGCAUUUCUGUUGACAGACACUGAGGAGUGAGCAGACCAAAUAUUACAUCAGGAUUAAGGUGUUCAUUUUUGCCUUAAUUUACACAACACUAUUCAGAUAUUGUAUUGUAUUAUAAACAUUUUGUCAAAAUUUUAUACCAGUGUUACCAAGUGUUAAUGUGUGUGUGUAAAAUCACUCUUCUAUUGUCUAUUCUUUUAUCCAUGUCGCAAAAUUGCUCCUCAUUAAUAUGUGAAUAACUGGUUAAUGUAUUCUAAAACUUUGAGACCACUAGAUAACUUUUGAAGGUUUGUUUAUAUGAGUCCUACAUGUUACCAAGCACAAUAUUAUGAUGUACAGUCUUUUUGACAUACUGAUAAUGCAAGUCAUCUCUGUUGCAUGAGUUUAUAAACAUGCAUAAUUCAAUUUUCAUUAACUUUCACCCAAUAGUAAGUUGCUAUUGUCUACAGUCAUCUUAAAAUCCUUUGAAAGUUUAAGAUUGUGCGUUAACUGAGUAUUUGUAAUUGUACAAAUAUUUUUUGAUGUGUGCAUGUUUGAAGUAUUUAUUUAGUUGAUGCAAAACAAAAGGUAAGUGCAUUUAUUAAAUGAAGAAAGUGAGAUGUGGCUCAUUAUCUACAUCUAUUUUAUUUGUAUAAAUGCAUAUUAGUAUUGUUACUGUACUAGUAUUAUUACCAGAACUUUUUCUAAGAUUUUUAUUUUACUUUACAAAUACAGCACCUUCUUUUUACCCGUCUGCUCACUUUGAAAUGCCAUGAGAAUUAUCUUUGAAUAAUAAUUUCACCCUUUGUAAAGGUAGAUUAUCCAAUGUAUUCAGCUGACUGACAUGUUAACACUCACGUUGAAGCAGACUAGUCCCCUCAACUCUGAACUGUUUUCUGUUCCCUUUACACUCAUGUCAUGUUCUCAUGACAGCGCCCCCCUAAGAAGACAAUCAGAAGUACUUAGUGAAGUGUUCGUCACGUGCACAAUGCAGUUUUGACAUUGACUGAAUUAUAACUUUGAGUGUGUGAUGCAGGUUAAUACUUCAUGUUACUUGUUUGCUUCCUAUAGGAUUAACAGCUGUUUUGUCUCGCCAUUGUAAUUUAUGUUAACAAACUUGUUAUUGAACAUAGAUUGUUGCAUGUUUACUAUUUUACCUCAGAUAUGAAACCGUGUAGGAUUUUAGAAGAAAGCUUGUUUAUGUAUAUGUAUAUAUAUACGCACACAUAAAUUGGAAACGAAGCUAAUAGAAUUUCAGAAGUUACUCAGGUAAAUGCCAUUUCUUUUCUUUUUUAAUGUCAGUGUUAUUUUAAAUAAAACCAGUGUUACUAUGG